GAGACUACGGUAAAAUGACCUGCCAUUGUUAAGGUUCUGAGAUUUGCACCAUCCCCAGCACAUCUAAUGAACAUUGUUCAAAUUCAAAUUGAAGUACUAAAUACUUGUGUGUUCUUGCCUUCGUUCGUCGUGGGUCAUUAUUUUCUUCGCAAAACACCCUCUUUACCGUAGUUAUUUUUAAAUCACCCGCGGCGCAGAACUAUAUAUCGAGAGUUUCGGAGAUUGCUCUUUUCAAAGUGAUCAAAGUAUUUUAAAACUGAAACGAAUGUAAUUUAUUUUAAUCGAGCGGACAAAGUUGGUCAUUGGUUUUAUUUGAAACUGUAUAGAGUAAAAUAAAUUUUAGUAAUAACAACACCGCGCGGUUUUCGAACAACUUCUGUGACGAAUAUAUAUUAUAACAAUUUAAGUUUUUUUAAUAUUCAAAUUACAUACAAUGGCCGCAACGCAAUUAAACAGAGCUCGAACCAUCAAGAAAAUCGAAAAACCUCGGCCGCUUAAGCUUAAUCAACGCCACUCGACCGUCGAUGGGCGGAUUACGACUAUGGAGGACAUAGUGUCCUUAAUCGACAACGUUGCAAUGCAACUAACCAAUGGCUUCCAUGAUCGAACGCUGCAAAUGAAUGUGAUUACAAUGUGUAAUCAUCUAAAACUUUGUGCUCAUCAAUUAGAAGCUAUUUACAAAGAUCAGCUGGAUAGAGCUUUUGUGGCAAUUAGAAAUGGAAGUCAGGACGAAAAACUAGAUCUGACGACUAGGGUUCACCUGCUGGAACUUAUAGAGUUAAGAGCUAAGCAGUGGCGUCAUACAGAUUCUAUGGAUGUGUAUUAUACACAGAAAUUAUCACAUUUGGAUAGUACAGAAGCAAUUCCUGACACACCUACAAAUGUAUUAUCAUCUCCCUUGGCAAUGUCUUCACCCACUAUGGCGCCAAUCUUGGGUCCUGGUGAAGUGAUAAAAAAUAGCGGCAAGUUUGUUAAACCUACUCGUAUUCCUGGGAAAAAUUACUGCAAAGAUGAAGUUGUUAUACGUAACAGUGAUUCUGGCAAAGUGAUGGGAAUAAAAGGGCGGCGGGUUCACAUGAUCGAAGAGCUCAGCCAGACAAUCAUCUCCUUCCAGCGAGUAAACCCUGGAGCCAAAGAACGACUUGUCCAAAUCACGGGUACUUCCGAGGACAAGAUACAUUAUGCGAAGGACUUGAUAAAAGAUACGAUUCAACGAAAUGCAUCGCCGGUGAGAUUGGAGCAAGGUGGAGGAGAAAAGGGAGCUAUGGGAGGUUCUAGUUCUUCGCUAAAUAGCAGUGCAUCAGAUGAAAGCAACCGACUACAACAUCAGCAACAAAAUUCUCGUGUACGUUCGCUCCUCCACAGCUUCUCCACCAACGACGCCAGUAUAGGCGAAUAUAAAUAUACAGUUACAGUUGGUAAUCAAUCCCUGAAAAUCACAGGAAGUAAUCUAGAUCUUGUUAGGACUGCGAAGCUGGUUUUGGAUGAAUAUUUCUUAGGAGAUUCUGAAAACUUCACGAGUGGUAUAGAAUUCUUCAAUUUCGAAGAAGAAUCUCCUUAUUCAAUCUCGUCUUCCAACACGCAAAAAACAUCAUUGAUAUCAAGCAAUGCUAAUGAAAUAAGCCGAGAAUUAAAUAUGGAUAGUUCAGCCACUUCGGAAAGCGAAGAAACUUAUAAACCUCGUAUAAUUUCUGAAACAAAUCCUUCGACUCAGGAAGUUCCAGAAGUUCGAGAACUCACGUACGAGUUUUUGUUGCUGUGUUCAACAGGUCCUUAUGCUAAGCGACCGCCUGCGGAUUGGGCUCGUAUUCAGAAGGAGUGUCCCAACAUAGUUCGCAAGACACCGAUUCGCUGGUUCGAACCGGAAGCAUAUAAAGCUAAAGUAGCAGCUGCUGGUCUUGUUACGGUUUUGCCAAUCGGAGAAGGGGAAACUGAUCCGGAAUGAAGCUGAGAAUUUAACAUUUUCGAUCUUCGUGAAAUCGUAUGUAUUAAUAUUAAUCUUUACAUCGGUUUUUAUUUCGAUGUAUUGUGAUACAUUUAAAAAAGUUGAGUAUAAUGUUUGUUCGUCAAUGAACAGAAUAUACAAACGUUAACAAACCUUCACAAAAGAAUGUGAGCGAUAUCAAUAUUGCUCAAUUCAAAUACAGUAAUAUAAAAUGGCUGACAGAUAUACAUAUCUGUUAUACAUAUUCUUAAAUUGAUAUGUGUUUACAUUGAAAUUUUCUUUACAUAACAGUCAUAUUUUUUAAGCAUUUAUGCUUUUGUAUUACACAUUUGUAUGCUGAAAAUUGAGAGGAUUUCAUUGCUAAUUAAUUUUAAUUAAACCCGCGAACUGCUGCAAUAAUUCUUAUCGUAUUACAAGGUAUCCGGCAUACCAAAUAUACGUAUCACUUUACGCUUCAUGAGUUGAUUUUGAAAUUUUGUUUAAAGACAAUAAGCAGUUUUUACGAUGUUAGCAUAAUAGAUCAAAUUAUUGCACUCAUAGAACUUAUGACAAUUAAGUAUGCUUAAAAUAUGUUCAAAAACAUAACAUAGCAUUUUUAUUGACAAAUAUUAUUGUUAAUUAUGUGUACUAGAUACGAAUUCUGAAUAGAAGAAAAAAAAGAAAGAAAAGUUAACAAUAAUUACACUAAUAAAAGAAUGGACUUUGGUUCAAGUUGACCAUUGACCAUUUUAGAAUGUUAUUUUCAUAAACAUUCAAGACAUUUUUUUUCUAUGUAACACUUUCUUGUUACGUGUAACAAAAAUAAUAGAAUACUGAAACAAACAGUGAUUUAGCCUAAUCUAGUCUACCUGUUUAACCCUUUGCACUCUGUAGGCUCCACUAUGACACAUACUAUUAAAUAUUUUAAUGAAUAAAUGUAGAAGAACUACCCUAAGAUUACUGGAUCUUCUAUACAUCCAAAUUUUGUAUUAAGAAGGAAAAUAAAGAAAUCUAAGAGAUGUUACAAUAUAACAUUUUUUAUUUGUGCUAGAGAUACUAUAAAAACGGCUUGGAGUUAUUGGUAGAUUACAAAAUCAUAUGGAGUGCUAAGGGUUAAAAGUAGGAACUACCACUUUGGUAAUUACUCUGCUGUGACAUAAUAACCAAAAAAAAAGAUUUCAUUUAAUCUCAAGAUUUUAUAUUUUAUAUACUAAAACGGUGAUGCUAUGUGCAGUAUGAUGUAUUAAUGCGAUGAAAGGCUGAAAGCAAUACAAUCUUUGACUUUUAGUUAUCUUUUCUUCAUAAUAAUGCAUAUCACCAAUUUUUCUGUGUUGCACAUCUUUACGAGAAAUUGUUUUAAUAUGUAUUAUAAUUGAUCAGUGGUCGUGGCCUUAUCAGCCUUCUAUGAUAUAUAUAUAUAUCAAAUAUAUCAAUAAUAAUAUAUAUAUAUUAUUGAUAUAUUUGAACAAUGUAUUUCUUAUUACACUACGAUGUCUCCUUUUUAGUUAAGCUGUAAUAUUUAUUGAAAAUGUUUCACUAGCCAGAAUACAAUAACUUGAAAAUGUAAUUCUACAUUUUCUUAAUUACUUUCUAUAAUAUUAUCUUCUUCGCGUUAAAUUAUUUAUUUAUUGUUAGGUUUUUUAAUAGUUUUUUUGUUUCUUUUUUCGCAUUUCACAUCUUUUAAUGUUUUCUCUGGCUUGAAACAUUGAUAAUAGGCGAAAUUUUUAUUAUUUAUUUAAUUUAAUUUGAAAUAAAAUCGUACUGCACGCAUAUGGGACGUUAUGUUUGUAAGUUUUUACAUCGUUUAAUAUUUAUUACAAAUUUUCAUGAUUAUUUUAAUUAAAUUAUUAGUAAUUUAUUUCUAUUACCAC